UGCGGGAGUUGCGGGAUUCCUGUUAGGCGCAAAAAGCGCCUCACACUGGACGCUGUACCAAACGUCCUAAUCAUACACCUCAAGCGCUUCAACGCUCUUGACUCGCGCAAGGUCAAAGGGAAGAUUGACUUUCCCACAGAUCGGCCUCUUGAUCUUGGUCCAUUCCUCUCCAGGUGCCACGGACCAGACUGCAGACCUCUCUCUGAUCCAGGCCCACAUCUAUAUGAACUUAAUGCGGUGGUGAAUCACCACGGUGACAUAAAUAGAGGCCACUAUACUUCAUUUGUCCAGGAGGGAGGUCACUGGUUUCUCUGUGAUGAUCACCACAUUGCCCUGGUAGAUGUGGACACUGUGAAGGAUAGCGAGGGAUAUAUACUUUUCUACGUUCGCAAAGUGCUGACUAAACUGACAUCAAAAUAA